CAAAGACUACGUUUGUCAACAAAAACGAUGUAAAAAAAUGUUCUAACAAUUUAUUGAAAUUUUUCAAAAUCUAUAAUACUUACUAUGUGUAUACAUUUAUAUAAUCUUUUGAGCUAUUCGUUAAUUCAAUAGAAAUAAAGACAUGAUGUGUAAUCACUUUGAGCCAGAUUUUAUUUGUAUUUUUCAAUAAUGCGGAGAAAUAGAAUUAAACAAAAACUGUUUAUUGGUGCUUUUAUUUUGAGCAUUACAAUAUUUUAUAAUGAAUAUUUCGUUUAUGAACUACAAAAACUUCAUUGGGCAACUAAAGACUGUGAAGACUGUGUCAAAAUAUUGCUUGUUGCUGAUCCUCAAAUAAUAGGAGAAGUUAACGAAAAUUAUUUUGGAGCUUGGUUUGCACGAUGGGAUAGCGACAGAUAUUUGGCAAACACAUUUUCGCGAGCUUUAAAAAAUUCUCAGCCAAAUAUAAUUGUAUUUCUUGGUGAUCUCAUGGAUGAAGGUGAAAUAGCAACAACUGAACACUUUGUAAAAUACAAACAUCGAUUAGACUAUAUUUUUCAAACUUCAGAUAGAAUAUUGAAGAUUUAUCUUCCAGGAGAUAAUGACAUAGGAGGUGAAGAUAAACCAGUAUUAGUAAAACACCAUGAAAGAUUUAAGUUUGCUUAUUCGCAACCUGAUACAUUAACUUAUAAGAAUGUAAUAUUCUUUAAGGUAAAUAAAUUAACUUAUUACAUGCCAAAUGCACCAAAAGAUGCCUUUUUGAAUUUUUAUACAGAAAGAAAUAUAACUAAUGUUAUUCUCAGUCAUUUGCCACUUUUAUUUUCCCCUGGAGGCUUUGUUAAAAACGUCGUAAAAGAGCUUUCACCUCAAAUAAUAUUCACUGCUCAUGAUCACAAAGCGAUGCACAUAAGUCUUGAUUCAGUAGUUGAUCAAUUAAGUUCUAUUAGAAUUUUCAAACCUAAUGAGAAUCAAUUUUAUAAUUUUAGAUUAGAUAUAAAUGAUAUCCACGAGUUUAAAAUACCAACAUGUUCUUAUAGAAUGGGUACACGUCAUAUGGGCUAUGGAUUAGCUCAUAUAAACAAUGAAGAUAAAUCUGUAGACUUCACGGUGUUGUGGUUACCAGAACGAUUUCCAAAGUUAAUUGGAUAUCUCUGUGUUAUAAUAUUUCUAAUCAUAAUUGCAAAAUGUACAAUGAUAUGCAGCUGUUUCUCUUCACCUAGUCAUGUUGUUUAUAAUCAGCUACCAAACGUUUGAAAAAAUUUUAAAAUGUUUAUUCAAUUUAAAAAUAUCAAAAAAAUAUUAUUAAUUUGGCUAUUCGUUAUCUUUAUUAACAUUAAAGCAUUUAUGACAUAGUUGAGAAGAAUUUAUAAGACUCUACAAGCCAUGACUAUUAUAAAUGCUAAGUAUUUAUUUACUUAGUCCAAUAAUUAAUAGAUAUUUUAAAAUUUCAUGCUUUUAAGAAGACUAAUAAUUUUCAUGCAAAACUGACAAUAAUCGAUUUAUUUCAUAGGUAACAGCAUAGGCUUUUAAAUAAUGAAAGUAACAUAAAUUGCUAAAAUAAUGUUGUUAUUAAAUGAUAAAAUACUGUUUUUCAUUGAUUAAUAAUAUACUAGAAUAUAUUUAUAUUCAUUGACAUACAUGUAUUUUUUUAUUCUAUUAUUUUAUGAUUAGAAUUCAUCCGAUCUGUAGUUAUGCUCCUGUGACCUCUCUUAAAAAUUUUUCAACAACGAUAAAUAAACUUUACAUAAAU